AUGUUACUCUCGGCUUGGGCAUGGUCAGUUGCGGCUUCAGCCGCCAUUGUACAUGCUGCUACUCUUGACGAUGUCUGUACAUCUGCCUACGUGACGGCUGCCCUUCCUCUAGAUGCUCUCACCGGAAUCACCAUCGACUCCAGCUCGGUCGUCGUGAGUGCCACGAAGAAUUAUUCUUCGGCUGCUGGUGACUUUUUCGAGUCUUCUACUUUCGACUUCUGCGCCGUUCAGCUUGCCUACUCUCAUAAUGGCUUGACUGAUGAUCAAGUUCUAUUGAUGUUCUGGCUCCCAGCCCCAGAUAAGUUUGAGAACCGUUAUCUUUCUACUGGCGGUGGUGGCAUGGCCAUCAACAGUGGCAAUAGCUCCUUGCCUGGAGGAGUCAUGUAUGGAGCCGUUUCUGGUGCCACAGAUGGUGGAUUUGGAAGCUUUGAAUUAGAUGAGGAUGACGCUUUCCUCGCGGCCAAUGGGACCAUCGACUACGAAGCCAUGUACAUGUUCGGAUACAAGGCUCAUCAUGAGAUGUCGGUCAUUGGGAAGCAGUUCACUCGAAACUUCUUUGGCAUGGCAGAUAGUGAGAAGCUUUAUACCUACUACCAGGCCUGCUCAGAAGGUGGCCGUGAAGGAUGGAGUCAGAUUCAGCGAUACGAUGACUGGGAUGGCGCCGUCGUCGGGGCUCCCGCGUUCCGAUAUGCGCAUCAGCAGGUUCAGCAUCUCUGGUCUGAUAUGGCAAUGAAGAACCUCGAUUACUACCCUCCUCCUUGCGAGCUGGAGAAAAUUCUCAAUUUGACGAUUGCUGCGUGUGAUCCAUUGGAUGGCUUAACUGACGGCGUUGUUUCCCGAACGGACCUCUGCAAGCUACACUACAAUCUUGAUAAGGCCAUUGGAGAGUCCUACUACUGUGCUGCUGAGACUAGCUCCGGUUAUAAGAAGAGACAAGCCUCCUCCACGCCAGCCCAGAGUGGAAAGGUUACAGCUAAAGGUGUGGAGCUUGCUAAGGCAAUUAUUGACGGUAUGAAAGACAGCCAAGGGCGGCAAGUUUAUCUUUCAUAUCAGCCAUCCGCAACUUGGUCCGAUGCUGGAACGACCUACAACUCGGAAACAGACUCCUGGGAGUUGAGUGUUAGUGGAAUCGGUGGGGAUUGGGUGGAUCGCUUCCUAGAGCUGAUUGAUAGCGAAUCGCUGUCACUCGAUGGUGUCACCGAGGAUACCCUAAAGGCAUGGAUAUACGAGGGAUGGCAGAGAUAUGACAGUGUUCUCCAGACAACCUGGCCGGAUCUUUCGGUAUACCACGGCGCAGGUGGAAAGAUUCUUCAUGUCCACGGAGAGUCUGACUUCAGUGUUCCCGCCGCAUCAUCAGUGCGUUAUUGGGAAUCUGUUCGCAGUGUUAUGUAUCCCGAUUUGUCCUAUACUGCCGGUGCCGCGCAACUCAACGAGUGGUAUCGCUUGUAUCUGAUUCCCGGCGCUGGCCACUGCGCGCCGAGCACUGAUCAGACAAACGGCCCGUUCCCACAAACAACACUUCAAGUACUCAUUGACUGGGUUGAGAAAGGCUCUACACCGACUACUCUCCCUGCCACUGUUUUGCAGGGCUCAGAGGAGGGUAAGAAGUGGGAGCUCUGCGCGUGGCCACUUCGUCCUUUAUGGACUAAGAACGGCGCCAAGUUUGAAUGCGUAUAUGACCAGGCCUCUAUCAACACUUGGCACUGGGAUCUGAAUGCGUGGGACAUGCCUGUUUACUAG